AAUGUUCUAUUUUAUUUCGCGUACCUUCUCGUUUCUACUUGGGCCGUCGAAUCCUCAUUUUAAUAUACAUUAUUUAAUUUCUUCAACAUUCUCCCCCCUUAAUGUCACGGACAAUUAAACAAACAAAAAAAGAUGAACAAAACGUCAUGAAAAGAAUCCGAAAAACCGGAAAGGCAUGAUUGAUUCUGUAGAAUGACCAGGAGUGGUAUUUGAACCUGGAAUAUCGUCAAAAUCCGACAACCAACCAGCAUUAACAGGAAUGGGGGGGGGGCGUUUCACCAGGCUGUCCUCCAUCCACACGCCUAUGCCAUUGACCAGCGCUUUUAAAUCGACAGUAACAGGUACAGUUAUCUUAUGCCAGAGUAGCAUCAGCGGGUGAACGGCUUGUGAGGGUCCUGUAGUGCGGCAUAUUCAAAAGCAAUGUCUGGGAUUGCGUCUAAACUUCAACGCGACAGGGCAAGGGCAGCCGGGGUUGGCACCAACGAAAAUGCAGUGAAAUAUAUGCGCCAGGACUUCGACAGUUUAAGAAAGCAAUGCCUGCAGGCCGGUAAACUAUUUACAGAUGAAAUAUUCCCUGCUUUGUCGUCUUCUCUGGGAUUUAAUGAAUUGGGGCCAAAUUCCUCUAAAACUCGCGGUGUUACCUGGAAAAGACCCACGGAGUUGUGUUCCAGUCCACAGUUUAUUGUGGGGGGUGCCACCAGGACUGAUAUCUGCCAAGGGGCGCUGGGGGACUGCUGGCUCCUGGCUGCCAUCGCCUCAUUGACCCUCAACGAGGAUGUUUUGUCCCGAGUCGUUCCCAGCGGACAAAGCUUUCAAGAGAACUAUGCUGGAAUCUUUCACUUCCAGUUCUGGCAGUAUGGAGAGUGGGUUGACGUGGUGGUUGAUGACAGGCUGCCCACGAGGGACGGAGAGCUGCUGUUUGUCCACUCAGCCGAGGGGUCAGAAUUCUGGAGCGCCCUGCUGGAGAAGGCCUAUGCCAAGCUGAACUGCUCCUACGAGGCUCUCUCGGGUGGGAGCACCACUGAAGGGUUUGAGGAUUUCACUGGAGGCAUUGCAGAGGUUCACGAGCUCAAGGACCCUCACCCCCAGCUCUUCAAGAUCAUUCAAAAAGCUCUGAGGAGAGGGUCUCUCCUGGGCUGCUCCAUAGAUAUCACAAGUGCAGCAGAAACAGAAGCCGUGACAUCACAGAAGCUGGUGAAGGGGCAUGCCUACUCAGUCACUGGAGCUGACGAGGUGAAAUAUCGAGGUCGACAGGAAAAGCUGAUCAGGGUCCGAAACCCAUGGGGUCAGGUAGAGUGGACUGGACCCUGGAGCGACAAUUCUCAACAGUGGAGCUCCACCAGCGAAGACGACAGGGCGAGACUGAGCAACAGAUCGGAAGACGGAGAAUUUUGGAUGUCCUUCUCCGAUUUCCUGAGACACUACUCCCGUGUGGAGAUCUGUAACCUGACCCCUGAUGCCCUGACCAGUGACGAGUACAAUAAGUGGGAUUUGUCCAAGUAUGAGGGGAGCUGGAGGAGCGGCUCCACUGCUGGCGGCUGCAGGAACUACCCAGCCACAUUCUGGACAAACCCCCAGUUUGUGCUCAAGCUGGAGGAGGUGGACGAUGACCCCGAUGAUGGGGAGGAUGGCUGCACCUUCCUGGUGGGUCUGAUACAGAAGAACCGCAGGAGGCAGAGGAAGAUGGGAGAGGACAUGCACACCAUCGGCUUCGCCAUCUACGAGGUUCCUGAAGAGUAUGCGGGGAAAAGGAACGUGCACCUGAGCAAAAACUUCUUCCUGAAGAAUCAGUCCAAGGCGCGCUCGCAGAGCUUCAUCAACCUGCGGGAGGUGUGCAGCCGUUUCAAGCUGCCUCCCGGGGAGUACCUCGUGGUGCCCUCCACCUUCGAGCCACACAAAAACGGAGACUUCUGCCUGCGCGUCUUCGCAGAGAAACAGGCUGACACGCAGGAGCUGGAUGAUGAAAUUGAAGCAAAACUGAACGAGGUUGAAAUUACUGAAAAUGACAUUGAUGCCAAGUUCAGGAAUCUGUUCACCCAGCUAGCAGGACAAGACAGUGAAAUUUCAGCAUUUGAACUGCGUCACAUACUGAACAAAGUAGUAGCAAAGCGUUCUGAAAUUAAGACAGAUGGAUUCAGCCUGGAAACCUGUCGCAACAUGGUCAACCUUUUGGAUAAAGAUGGAACUGGGAAGUUGGGCAUGGUGGAGUUCAAGAUACUGUGGACCAAAAUUGAGGGAUAUCUGAACAUCUACCGGAAUAAAGACGCUGAUCGCUCUGGUACUAUGAGCUCACAUGAGGUGCGUGUGGCCAUCCAAGAAGCAGGGUUCACGUUAAACAACGUGUUGCUCCAGAGUGUUGUUGCGCGUUACUCCGAGGCCGACCUCACUAUUGACUUUGACAACUUCGUUGGGUGUCUGGUUCGGCUGGAGACCAUGUUUAGACUGUUUAAAUCCCUGGACAAAGAGGAAAGUGGAUCGGUGGAGUUCACACUAUUGGCAUGGAUGAAUAUCACAAUGAUGUGAGGCUGGUGAGAGAUCUGCCAAAUAGACCCAGCAUGCACUGUCUCCAGGACUCGCUGGCUGAAACACAAACCAAAAAGCUGUUGCAUGAAUAAUGUAGUUCAUUCAAGCUGUGCCUUUACUAGACAGGGAGAGUGUCACUUUGAUUUGCUUUUAUUGUGCUCUGAUAUAAGAUUUAUACGUUUUAUUUUAAGAAUUUAAGGACUUUUCAGUUCUGCUAAAGCCAUUCCAAUAUCUAUGUAUGAAUUAUAGUUUGUUGUUACUUUUAUACCUGAUGAAUGAUGCCUAACAUUUCUGGAGGGCUGCUCAGUCUCUGUACCUCACUAGUACCAUACAUUUAUUUACAUGGACAUGCAAUGAAAUAAAUAUAUUGCAAACUGUAAUUAACUGACUUGCAGGUGUAUGGGCAGACUUUUUUUCAGAAAAUGUAUUAACCAAAUGUUCAUUUUUUUAUUAUAAAGUGAAAUCCCACCUUGACUAAAUUUGCUAUUUGAAAAUGCAUGUUAUUAAUAGGGACCUUAUAAAAGUUUACCAUGGUAUGUUGCAUGAUAUUGUUGCAGUUUUCCUAUGCUUUUCCUAGGGUUGUGCUAUGCAUUUACCACAGUUUACCCUGGUUUGCCAUAUUUUUUAAAUAUCCUCUACUAUACCUCUCUGUUCUUUACCAUGUGUUCAUUAUGCUUUAUUACACUUUGCUAUGAUUUGACUGUGGUAAACUUUUAUAAGGGUUGUGGUAGCAGUAACAGAAAUAAUAGUAUAAAGAAGAUGAUUCAAGACAGAUGGACACUAUCGGUAUAUAAGGGUUUACAUUUUGAAGGAAGACCCUAACCUUAACCCUAAAGCUUAAUGUAAAGUGUCUAUAUAAAAACAUCUUUCAAACUGUACCAAAUUGCCACAUGUUUCACUUUCAUGUCUUCUGGUGCAUGGUUACUUAGUGAGUGUUGAUAAGUGUGGAAGUAAAACAAAACUGUGCUUA